CACUCAUAUAAAUUUCGAGAUUUUAAUAGAUAAUAGUAUUCAAAAUUCAUAAAAAAGCAUAAAAAGCAAGCAAAUUAAACAGUAAACAGUAUAAAAAUUGCAAAACGCAGAAAUAAAUUGAUUGUUUAUUGUAAGUGGAGCAAAUAACAAGCUACAACCGGCAAGAUUUUGUCGCAGUUAGAUUUUUUUCUUUCAAUAACUUAUGCGCAAUACAGAGCUGAACAGCGCAGCAAAAGUCGAGUGCCAGUAAACAGAAGAUAUCGAAAAGAAGCAGUGAACAGAAGGAGACGGAAUUUAGCUUUUGUCAAAUGGUUUGUGUAAACACAAUAGAAAUUUUCGCUGAAAAUUUUCUGAAAUACUGCAAACGAAAAAUGUAUAAAAAAGUAUAGAAUUCUUUUGUGCAUACAUUUCAUAGAAAGAAUUGUGCAUUUCUGGUGUACACGAAGGACACAUAAAGGACAAUUGGUGAAAAUCUGUGCAACAUCUGAAGGCAAUUCCCAGUUCCCUACACCUAAUUUGUCGUAUGUGAAAGAGGCAUAUUAUUGCUUUUUCAUUCACUCAGUAUUUUCGACGUUCAUUACAUUACUACGUCGCUUAAACUAUAGAGGCUAGCUGCAAAAAGAGAUAAAAUAUUAUAAGAAACUUAUUGUUUAUCUCACGCAUUGCUAUUUUAGUAUACAUAAAGCAAACAAAGCCAAAAAUCACAUUCCAAGUGUAAAUUUUUGAAAAACAUUCACAACUGAUACGUGAAGUACAAAACAAGCAAACAUACACCGUAGUAAAACAUACAAAGCGUCCAUAAGAUAGAUUUUGGUCAAUUCAUAGGCAUAUAUAAACGACAACGAUUAGUAGGCGUUCUAAAAGCAACAAAACAAAUAAUAAUAGCAACGAAGAUAUUCACAGUGACUGCGUGUAGAGAAAUAUCACAACAACCAACAAUAUCUCGCUAGUGAGCAACUGUCGCCCGCGCAUUCAACUCUUACAAAAGUUCGCAGUUUGUGCACAGUGUAGGCACACUGAUUUUUUUUGAAUUUCUUUCUUUUGAGCGUUUAACGCAAAAAAACUUUCACCACGUCUCAGGGAGAAGAUAUGGACAUUGAUUCCACUCCUGUGCCACCACCACAGGAGUACUCAGAUAACCCAGCAGGCUAUCAGUCGGAAUCAUCAAUGAAUUUUGAUUAUCUACACGGUCUCAAUGAGAACGCCUCCGCUGCGGCAAGGGCGUCAUCAUCAGCAUCAUCACUGGGCGGUCAUGUAACCUUUCCGGAGACGUCACGGCACUUUAGUGACCUUGCUGGCGGUGGUAUAGAUGUAAAUGUUUCAACAACGCAAAGCUAUGGAUAUGUGGAUGACAGUAAAGCAUUAGACAGGCCCUUUAACCUUAACGAAAGAUUUGUUUCAGUGUUAGAUCAAUUGGAUGCGCGCGUUGAGAAAUUCCGCAAAGAUGCUUUGGGCUUGCAGGAGAAAAAGGAUUUCUUACUCAUGUCCAUCGAUUUGAUCAAGAGUCACGAUAUGCUGCAUUCCAUGAUGGAAGCGGAACGUGAGGAAAUCCAUUGCUACAUACAACGCGUCAAUGCGCGUCUCUCCACCGUCGAUUUACUGGUGCAUACGGUACGCGAUCGUUCGCAGGAGGAUGCGCUCAGUCAAAUCAAUGCACUCAUUGAUAUGAUGAUCACUAUUGGCGAUCCAGUGUUGUCGCGUCAACGUUGCCAACAAUACCUGAAUGCGUGCUGCAGUGCAGCCGAGGCGUCAUCAUCAUAUGAAUAUGGUGUGGAUAUGGAUGCCGGGCCGGUGGAUAAGAAAUUCGAGAGUGCACUGUUGGGUUGUACGCUCGACGAUCAGAAGAACAUUAAGAAGCGGUUGCAGGCUUUAAUGGGUUACUUAAACAAGCAGACAAUACGAAAUUGAGUUGUUGAUUUCAUGAUUUAUUAUUAACUCGAACAAAGUUAAGCCGGGUAA